AUGAUCCAUGCAGCAUGCUUGGCGAUAGCACUAGUAGUGGUGUGCCAUGCAAGCGGCUCGGGGGAGGGACAAGAAGCGGCUCGGGCUGUCAACGUCGCCGAUGUGAGGAGAGGGUCUCUGAUGCUGUGCAGAGCAGGUGGAGAAGUUCUGGGCAACCAGCUCGCCAUCGACGGGAACCUUGUGUCGGGGUGGGUGACAGAGGGCGAUGGCGAAGCGAACGAGGCAGUGUUGGUGCUGGAUCACUUGUACGCUACUGUCGGGUUGAGGAUACACAGUGGCUAUGCCGGCCACAUGGCGAUCACUCAGCUGCGCCUUUGGUACGCCACAAGUCUGCUGAACCCUGAUCACUUCCACAAUCGGUCAGCUUAUAACUUGGCGCUCUUCUCGGAGGUCUCAUGGAAGCACUUCUCGUCGUUAUCGCACGACGACUACAUGGAGGUGCAGGAGGGAGUGAUCCUCACGCACGCGAUGACCUCUGCUCUCCAUCACCCUCCUCUCCUGGUUCGAGCGGUCAAGAUCGCCAUAGACGACUGGACACCGGGAGGUGGUCCUGCCAUUUUGAACGAGGUCGAAGUUUUAGCGCCACUCCAUUUGAAUCCGAGCCUGCACGAUGAUGAUGACGUGGAUAGACCUGCGUUUGGUUACGUAUGGCCUCUCUACAAUCGCAGCCUCUCAACCAAGGAGGAGGCUCAAGAGGAGGAACCAAGGUUCUUGUGGUUCGGGGAGUUAGAGCACAACGAGAGCAUCGUAAGAAGCGAUAUCCGCGUGAAUCUCUCGGCAGUCAACUGUGAGGUACCAGCCGAGGCUCUUGUUGAGGUCUACUUCGGAGGAAAGAAGGUCUCCUCGAGCACAACGUCGAGCCACGUAUCCUUCACCGUCAGUGGUCUCGAUCCUGGUCUCCACAUCGUGACUGCACGUCUCCGGUCAGUCUUGACGGGUGAGCUGCUUCCAUUGAUGGAUCGACGAGCCUUCUUUGUCCGCAGACAGCCUGCAGUCCAUCCCUUCUUUCUCACCCGCAAUAUUGAAGUGAUCGGCGAUGGUGUGGUGAAAUCAGUAGCUGGGGAGCGAUCAAAGUUUCGCAUCCACGUGAUCGAAGAGGAGGCUUCAGCAGCAGGCAUGGAUGAUCAGGGUAGUACCUGUACAUCUAGAUGGGGCAGCAGGAUGCCAUGGGAGGCAAACACGCAGGAACACUGGACUGUUCUCCUCAGGGGUCCAGCUUUGAUUGUAGGCAAUGUUGUGCCAACAGACACAAUAGGGGUGUAUGAUGCUUCUUAUACGGCCGUGGAUCCAGGCUGGUAUGAUCUUCAUAUCGUCCUCCAUUAUGCGCAGUGCUCUGGGCUUCGCAACCCUGGGGAUGGCGGGGAAGAAGAGGUGAUUGAGGUGCAGGUGCCAGGCUCUCCUUUCCGUGUGUUUGUGUCAGAUCAAGGUUAUUCCAAUUGCUUUCCCAACGGUUCUCAGCUUGCUGUCAACCCCUUCCGCCCCGAAGCCCUGAAGCCCCGGUGCUCGAAGUUGGAGCCAGCGGAGGCAGAGGGCCGGUGGGUGAACAAACACUUGCUCUGUUCGGCUACGAGCAGAGAAACUCUGCCGUGCAGUCAUGCAGAUGAGAUGGACGACUGGGUGUGGGUACCAUGGCGAUGUAGCCUGCCGAAACGUGUUCCACUAGAGGCCCAGCAGUGCCUCGAAGAGCGGAACCGCCGGAUCUUGUUUGCCGGGGCGUCGCCGCAGCGGACGCUCUUCUUCGAUGUUGCGGAUUUGAUUCUACCAGGCGACAUGGUAAAGACCAAAGCGCAUCAAGACCUGGAGUUUCCGCCAUCUGCUUACUUCCAUUGGAUCCCCUACGACACCCAAGACAAACCUGGUUGCCCCCUCAACUGCCUCAUCGACUACGACCAAGUCACGUGGCAUAUCGACAAGUUUGUCAACUUGACGUCCAAGAAUGACAAGGACCUCAUUGUCGUGCAGGCCUCUAUCCAUGACAUAUUCUUCGGCACUCUUGACAACUACUUUCGCAACAUUCCCAAGCUAGCCAGGCUUCUCAGAGCGCUCCUCAAGCGACAGCGCAUCCUCCCUCUGUUUCGACAUGGCGAUGCCAUUCACUUACCUCGAGGAGGAGACGUUAGCCUGGUCAAGCAUGGGUUUCGAAGUCAGCGCAUGAUUGCCGCCUUGGAAUUUGCCAGGAGAAUCAUGAAGGAAGCAGGUGUCCCGAUCCUGGACACGCUUAGCUUCACGGUGGUGAGGCCUGAGGGGACGUCGGACGGGUAUCACUUCAACGAGUGGGCGUGCCUCGAAGACAACUUCCGGGGCAACUCCAUUUCCCGGACAAUUGCGAACAUUGUGCUGCAUUAUGCAUGCGAAGAUUCUUGA